AACAGCUGUUUUCCAGAUCUAAAAGGCACCGACAAGGCGUCGACGAAUCGAAGAUGGAGAAGAAUUACUCGCACCCGGGAGAUUCUGUUAUUAAUCUCAAACACCUUCCCCCUAUAGAGCCAUCCAGAAUCGCUAACUCCUCCUUCAACCUUAAGUCGAGCAAAUCUAGCACCAGUGCUGGUCCUAAAUUUGGGAAACCUAAAUUUAAUCGGGGGCUGAAAUCGUUUAAAUAUGAAGAAGCACUCAGAAAAUCAAAUUCUGACUCUAUUUCAUCUGGCAAAACAAGUGAGACCCGCGGGAACACCACCCCUGAUUCAGACUCCGCAGAAAACGGUAUGAAGCAAGGAUCCGCUAGGUCAACUCUGUAUGAGAUCUGUGCUGCAAACCAUUGGAAGCCCCCUGUAUUUGAGUGCUGCAAAGAGGAAGGCCCCAGUCAUCAAAAGAAAUUCACGUUCCAGGUUACUAUUGAGAUAGAAGCAGGACUGAAAACCGUUGUAGAGUGCUUUGGUUCCCCUCAUCCGAAAAAGAAAACAGCAGCAGACCAUGCAGCUGAAGCAGCAUUGUGGUUCUUAAAGCAUCAAGGUCAUGUUAGGAAAAACAAACAGAGGGGAUAAUAGUCACUGAAUAUUAUCAUGAUCCAAAACUUCCACAACCACCAAUAUUUCAUUCUUCAGUGAUGCUCUCUAGACUGGGUUGCCAAAGUAAAGAAGACGAUAAUCGCCUAGGAGAGCCUCCUAUGCUAUUUCCCGUCAAAUCUUGUGUCCUCUUCCUGGUUAGUGCAUUGUCGCAAAAUCCAGUUUCUUUCGGCAAAUAAUCAGUUGCUUGGGAAUUUUAUUCCUGGAGAUACGAGAAGUAGAGAUCAUACCACCAUCUUCCUCGUUGCUGAGUUGGACGUUCCUAAUUUCGUGAAAUGGAGAAGGAUAACGCUUUGGAGAAAGCCUUUGAAGCUUUCUUAUGGUGCUUAAUGGCACUACAUAGAACUUCUGCCCAGGCAUGAGCAUGGUGUCUGGCGCAACAAUCGCCCACGGCUGUUGAAACACAUGCGGAUAUGCAACACAGCUUCUUGGGUUACGACACAUAAUCUCUGCUGCAAGCACAGGCCUAUCAUGGAACUCAGCAUGACCACCAGGAUGAACAAUCCGAAGGAAGAUGGUUUUUGAACUAUUGGUACAUAUCCAGCUAGAAAUUGACAUGGUUUUUCCGUAUUUUAGGCAAAAGUGGGAUGAGGGAAUAAGUAGUGUAUGCAAUCAAUUCAACCCAAUGUAAGGAGAAUAAUGAUAUCAUCCCAUGAUGGCAAGAGAAGACCUGAGGAGCAUAUAAGUAUAGAGAAUUCAAUAAUGCAUGAAACUCUUGGCUGUUGCUUGUUUCAUUCAUAGAUAACAUCAAUGCAUAUACUCUUUU